GAGAGCGAGCGAGAGAGCGUGCGAGCAUGUGAGAAGAAGAGAGAGAGCGAAAAGAGAGAGCGGCAAAGCCAAAGCAAAGCCAGGGAGGACAGAAAGAUAAAGCCAAAGCAGACGGAACCAUAGACGUUUAAAAAAAAAGUACUUAAAUAGCCGCCUUUUCUUCUUCGUUUCCUUCUCAGUUACCAGCAAAAAAAAAAAGAAAAAGAAAGAAAGAAAGAAGAAAGAAAGAAAGAAAGAAAGAAAGAAAGAAAGAAAGAAAGAAAGAAAGAAUUCAAAGCUGCUUGGAUGAAGCAAAACCUAUCGAUCUGUCAGCACUCCACCUGGAUUGACUGAGCGGCCACGCGGCAGGCAUGUCCCGAAGGAAGCAGAGCAACCCUAGGCAGAUCAAACGUCCUCUGGAGGAUGGCCUGGAGGAAGAGGAUGAGGAGUGUGUCUCCGAGGAGAACGAGCUCGUGGCCAAAGAUGAGUUCUCAGCAGAAGAAAACUUCCCUGCCGAGUUUGAUACCGAGAACAUGAGCUGCGAGGACAUGGAGUACUUCUGCACCAAAGAGGGGGAUGGAAACCGCGAGGCUGGAGAGCCAGAGGUGGACAGGAAGUCUGAGAAGACGAGGCUUGCUUCAGUGGGGCCGGAUGAAUGGGAUGGCCCAAGAGAGCUUGAUGCCUUUCUCAAAGAUAGCGAGCGCCGAAUCCACAGCCGUCAGCAGCUGCCUGUGGGAACAACGUGGGGACCCUUCGAAGGGAAGAUUGAGAUGGGUACCGAGAACAGCACACUGAAGACGAAGAGCACGGUCCCGGUGGUGCUAAGCGCCGGCCCCAAGUGGCUGCUGGAUGUGACUUGGCAGGGAGCAGAGGACAACAAAAACAACUGUGUGGUGUACAGCAAAGGUGGUCAACUGUGGUGCACCACCACAAAGAACAUGAUGGAGGGUGAAGAGCUGGUGGCAUUUGCAGUCGACUUUGACUCCCGUCUGCAGGCAGUGAACCACAUGUCUUUGAGCGAGGGCAUGUAUCCUGCCAGGCUGCUGGACAGCAUCCAGCUCUUGCCGCAGCAGGCUGCAAUGGCUUCCAUCCUACCUACUGCAAUUGUCAACAAGGACAUCUUCCCUUGCAAAGCUUGUGGGAUCUGGUUUCGAAGUGAGAGGAAUCUACAGGCCCAUCUGAUGUAUUACUGCAGUGGGCGCCAAAGGGAACCUGAGACGGUUGUUGAGGACAGUGACACUGCACCCCACCAGACCUCCAGUAUGUGCCCCUUCCCACAAUGCAACAGGACCUUUUCAGGGGCCAGGGCGCUGGAGAUGCACCUGACCACCUCACACAGUGGUGUCAAAAUGGAAGAGAGCCUCCCUCCUGGCACCAGCUUGAAAUGCACAAUCUGUAACUACACGGCAGAUUCUCUUAUUACAUUCCAGCAUCACAUCAUGUCUCACCUGUCACAGGCGGCCUUCAGAUGCAAUCACUGCCAUAUCAGCUUUCAGAGCCACAGGGAACUCUUACAGCAUCAGGACUUACAUGGACAUGGUAACAAACUUCACAGGGAAAGCGACGCUACCGAGCAUUCCCCCCGGGGGUCCGAGGAGAGCCUCCAACAGCAGCAGCAGACCUGCACCGAGCUAGCCAACAGGAAGGAUGCUCUACUGGGAAGUCCCAAAGGGGCCCUCAACAAGGAGGCCGGCGGAGACGGAGAGGCCGACAAGCCUGAGAAAAAACCCAUGCUGUCUGCUCCGAAGGGAGACGCCCACCCAGGCAGCAAAGCAAGUUUUUCUUACACUCGGAUCAAAUCGGAGCCCUCAAGCCCCCGUCUGGCCUCUUCCCCCGUGCAGCACAACAUGCCUACAUUUCCCAUGGGCCCCUUCUUGUCUCAGUUUGCUUUCUCCCAAGACAUUUCAGUGGUCCCCCAGGCUUCUGAGAUUUUAGCUAAAAUGUCAGAGCUCGUUCACAGGAGACUACGUCACGGAGGGAACAACUACCCCCCAGUCAUCUACAGCCCGCUUAUGCCCAAAGGAGCCACCUGUUUUGAAUGCAAUAUCACUUUCAGCAACUUGGACAAUUAUUUAGUCCACAAAAAGCACUACUGCAACAGCCGCUGGCAACACAUGGCAAAGUCACCCGACUUUUCUGUCCUUUCUGACAAGGUUCCUGAGUCAGUGAGUCCUAACAGCGGGCACACCUCUGUUAGCAUGUUGACUGGAUGCCACCCUGCUGAAGGUGACAGUCACCUCAUGCAGUCAGCCUGCCUGAACUCCAGUAUGUUGGACAUGAUGAAUGCUGGAGCCAAAGGAUCUGAUAAGGAUCUGGUAGGGCAGGUGAAGAAGGUCUCAACACCAACUGGUGGUGAGGAGAGGCUCAAUGGAAAACAAAUCGAGGGGAAAUGCCUGAGUACCGGUCUAGUGGAGAGCGACAACGACCCGAGCAAGACGACCUGCGAUGCCUGUAAUAUCACCUUCAGCCGCCAUGAGACCUACAUGGUACACAAGCAGUACUACUGCGCCACUCGUCAUGAUCCGCCCAUGAAGCGCAUGUCCACCAACAAGGUGCCCUCCAUGCAGAGAACCAUGAGAACUCGUAAGCGAAGAAAGAUGUACGAGUUGUGCCUACCAGAUUCGGACCAUCAAAGGGCCCCCAUGGGACAGCCGGGUUUCCUUGGUAUUCAUCCUAUGAAUCCUUGUUCGUCCCAAGAAGUUGUGGACGCCCUCGGAGACCGUUUCCACCCCCGCUGCGACAUCUUUCCAGGUAUGGUCCCUAAACACCUGGAGGCCUCUCUGACUGUCACAAAACCUAUUUUGACCCCCAAAUGCAAUACAGCGGAGCCACAUGAGCUGGAUGCCCCAAUUGAUCUAAGCAAAAAGUGUUCAGCACUCUCCGAUAAGACUUGUAGCUCUCCAAAAAGACUGUUGGACUACCACGAAUGUGCAGUGUGUAAAAUAAGUUUUAAUAAAGUGGAGAACUACUUGGCACACAAACAGAACUUUUGCCCAGCUACUGCUGCCGCGACUGCUCAGAAGGCACAACAACCACAUCAACAGCAGCAACAUAAUGAUACGGGAAGCCUAGACACUACGAUGUUCCCAGAUGUGAAGAACGAAGGCAAUAACAACACUGGUGAGACCUACGAUAAGAGUUCAAGCAAAUGUGAAAAAAAUGCCAAUGAAAACGUGAUGGCGCAGAAUGGAGGAAUGUUUCCACCUCACCUGGGGCCUGUGCCAGGUCUCAAGCCUUUUGCUGAACCCCAGCUUAUCCCAUCAAAAGAUGAGAACAAAAACCUGUAUCUGCCCCAUUGCCUUUAUCCAGGAGCAAUAAAGAAGAUGAAAGGCUCCGAGCAAAUAUCGCCGUAUUUUGGGAUAAAGCCGACCGACUAUGUGAGUGGAGGACCAGUGAUGCAGGGAGAGGCCAGCGAACAGGAGCCAAGUGUUAACGGCGGGGGUGAGCCAGCAACAAUGAGGGAGGCGACACAACAGCCCGCUGCUAAUGGCUGCCCCCAUGCUGGUAAGGAACCUCUCCCUCUACUGCCCAAAAACCGAGGCAUGGUCAUCGUCAACGGGGGGGGACAUAAGCCGGAAGAACGCUCAGGCGCAGUACCGCAACAGGAGAACCAGCCCCAACCAGAUGGCCAAACCACUAAUCCCUCCCCAACAUGGGCCGCGGAGAACCUAGCAGACUCCAAUGAGAACAUGUCACCUUCCUCCAAGUCCCCAAACGAGGAUGCGACACCCCCAGCCAAUAAAGGGAUGAAUGGCUCCGGAAGUAGCAAGUACUGUCGCCUCUGCGAUAUCCAGUUCAACAACCUGUCAAACUUUAUUACCCAUAAGAAGUUUUACUGUUCGUCACAUGCUGCAGAGCAUGUUAAAUGAGAAGACAGAUUCUUCCACUCAAACCUCUUUCCUCCUUUUAUCCCCAUCUUAAUUCCCUUCCUUUCCUAAUUUGUUUUGGUACACUGUUUGUGUCUGGAAUAGUGCAUCAUGCAGUGCUAAAAACUGCUUGUGGACAAUCAAGAGAGGCUCCUCCUGUCGUUUUAUGAAAUAAACAUGCAAAAACCAUUGGUUAAAAAAGAAAGAAGAAAAUGAAUCAAGAAUAAUAUUGGUGCCACUUUCACAUUAAUUUAUUUUACAAUCAGUAUUAAUGAGUAGUGACUUUAAUUUAAAUUCAAAUGAAAUUUAUAUCAGAGUUGUUUGUAAUGUUAUUGUAUAGUCAUUCUUGUGUAGCACUCAUAUUGUUUACAUUGUAAUGUAGACUCAAUGAAACAAUAGACAAUACAAAAACAAGAUUCAAUUUAGACACAAAAAUAGCUACUGAGGCACUCAUGUAUUCUUAUUUGCUAUUGCAAAUUCCGUAUAUGCCCCAAAUGUAGAUUGCAGACUUGCUACUGAUGUAGCCACUUGGUGGUGACCGACAGGCACAAAGCUGCAUUUCUCAUUUUGGCAUGUAUACAUGGCUUUGCAUUCCUAUGUGGCUGUUUGUCUGUCUUUUUCUUCAAACCAGAUCUGGAUGUUUUCAUAAGGAUGGCAGCAUUCUUGUAUAGUACUCGUAUUUCUGUUUCAUGAUACUUUGCUCUCCCUUUUUGAAAAUUUGCUCUCAAUGCAAUACUUUGUAAAUGAGGGAACAUUACUGAAAGCAGUAUUAAGAAAUGCGGUCUGUGCAUAUAAUUAUUUGUAACUCUGGAGGGGGGGGGGGACUAGGUUCAUUGCUAAUAAACAAGGUGGGUGGGAGGUCAGUGCGAAUACUGAUUAUCAUUCCAGUGUCCUGAUAAUGGGAGAACAUGUUUCUUAAAAUGUUGUUGCUAUGCAUGUAUAUGGAUGGAAUUAAAUUCCAAAUCUGUUGGAAAUUUUUAUUUUGAUGUGGUGUCAUAAUUAAACUUAAAUCCUCAGGAUAAACCACUGAUGUGAGCUUUUUAUUUUACACCAACCAAACCAUUCAGUUCCCGUUUUCCUCAACAGUUGUAAUGCAAAAUAUUUAUUCUUGAUUUAUGUCAGUUAAAUUAUAGAAUUCGAUUAUGUAUUUGAGACAUCUGUCUGGCUGCCGUCAGAUUAAUUUCUAGGGAAAUGACAGAUGUAAAAACUAAUGCAAACAAGAGGAAUUCGAUAUACUGGGUAUUAAAAGUCAACAGCACUGUUCAAAUGCUACAUCUUUGUGAUAUAAAAAACAUUACACCAAGAUAAAUCAAUGCUUUUUUCACAAUUAACAUGGCUUAUUACCUGUAUAAAUCAGUGUAAAAAAAAUGUUUUCGAGGGCAAAUUCAACAAAAAAAAAUGACAUUAUGUGAUUGCACAUUUGUGCACACCCUCUUAUGAUUGGGGAUGUGGCUGGGUUCACUUUCAAACUCGUGUUUCACACACACCUGCCACCAAUUAAAAAUGGCUCCAAUUAACCCGAAGUUAGGAAUACACACACACAC